AUGACGGGAGCUGCAAAGGACAAAGAGGGGAAGGAACUCGUGGAGAGAGAGCACUGCAGCUGGGACUCCUUCACGCACUCUCUGAGACACCGAAACCCAUAUGGAGUCCUUUACCGGAGGAGCCUCACAAGACGGCUGGAUUUUAGGUGGAGGGGAGAGAAGGACUUCAUAAAUUCAGGAGGCGCACAAACUACGGGACACCACCGAUUUCUUCAGCACAUCAACACCCCCUGCCCCUGCCAGCACUGCGUCCACUAUGAGCAGCAAGCGUACAGCCAUCACGGCGGGCCGGGAUACCAUCCAGCAUCAGCCAGACAGACAGACCACCCAUCUCUGGACUGCAGGAGAGACAUUCAGGCUCCUCGGGUUAAAGACGUAGGAGGGAGAGCUUUCGUAGUGGACAGAGCUGAGCGAAGCGGUCAUCGCAGCCCACAGAGGAGGCCUGUGUUCGCAGGGCCAGGCCCUUACAACCAUUCAGAUGACUUGAGCCAAGUUUGCCCCUGGGAGUUGAACCCUACCCAGUGGAGCUACCCACUGGAGCCUGGGGUGAGACACUACCCGUCUGUCAGGGAACAGUGUGGCUGUGUGGUGCGCAGCGACACCAGGGCACACCCCUUUAACACCGGAAUACCACAUCCUCUCCCCCAUCUUCAGGUCAAAGGUCAAGGGUACAGGACCAGGAGGACUGUCAGGUAUGUCUCUGUGGACGAGGGGGAGGAAAGUUGUGAAUGCACCUCUGAGAACUAUUAUUUGGAGCCACGCAAUCCCCAUCUAGAUCACUCACACAUGCCAAAUGGCCACUGUAGACCGAGGCCUGUGUUCUUAGAGGGAGGGGAGGAAAGAGAUAGCCAUCAGGGCCGAGACAAACUGAAGGGUGGAUCAGAGGAGGGCUGUAACGGACGCGGUGGCUUUCACAAAUGUUUCUUCCCCACUGAAGUCCCACAAAAACACUUGAACCAAAGCAGACACAGGGGGCCCUGCACCCCUCCCUCUGGCAUCACCAGUCUAGAGCCCUCAAACUUGACAACCAACAACGACCACCAGCGGCAGGGUUCGGAGGUGGUGAAGCAGAAGAGGAGGCAGGAUUUGGUGAGGGAUCAGAUCAGACAAGUGGUGACGGAUCUGGAGGAUGUGUUGGGAGGUUUGAAGCAAGUUCACGUGGAGAUGAAAGAGGUGGUCGAGCAGAUUGAUCGUCUCACAGCCAGUAUCGACCUCAGUGAGGAGGCGCCCUGUAUCACUCAGUCCAGUGACUUUCAUGGCUCAACUCACCCAGGUGACCUCAGGGUGGCCCUGCUGCCCAAUCACAAGCCUCCCCCUGUCCAGGUGUCGCAACACAUCAAUGAAGACCGCAUCAUCUUAAGAACUAACUCUCCCUCCCCAGUUCACAUGGCAUCAGUCGUCAAAACCAGCCUCUUUACACCAUCCAGCCUCAGUAAGGAGAUCAACCACGAAAAGGCAGGUGUAAACGGCCACCCGCCCCACCUGUAUCACUCCAACCAAACUCAUCCUAAGACCCACCCACAGAGCCUAGACCCUAAGGUCAUUAUUGGUAACAGCACCUCCAAUUCAAGAACUCAGAAGCCUCCUCUGUACCCUCAAAACGGACGGUGUGGGAAGGGCCCGUACCCACCUCCCAAGCCUGUGAGGACCCCUACCUACCCAGGGAGAGGCUGCCAGAGCACCAGCAUGGUGUGAAGGAGGGGGGUGGUUUGCCCCAGUGCCAUGGGGGGCUGAAACAUGAGACCCUGCUGCAGCGAGUGGAGGUCAGAGUGGGACCAGGCAGGGGAACAACUCAUGCAGUAGCUGAUGCCACUGAGACAAGCUGUCAGCCGGCGGAAACAGAGCACGGCCUGAAGGUGGGGAUAUUUCCAAAGGGAAAACUCCCCCAAGAGUCGACCCGCAGCUGUAUGUCACACGAGCACAGAAGCAUGGAGGAGUGGCAGUCAAACCUCUCUGAGAAUCUCUACUUUUGCUGUUAAUGGUGAUGCAAUGGCAAAAAAAUAGACUAAACUACUCAACAACCACCAUUAGAAACAUAAAGGUAUCUUUUCAUGACAAUAUUAAUUUAUUUAUACUAUUUUUUUUUUUUACUGCAAAGAUAUCUAUUUUCAGGCAGCUUACACCAGUUUGGAUACUACCUAACCUAAUGCAUGCUAUAUUAAAGAUUUAUAUAAUCUAAAACUAUUGUAAAGACAUUUUACAAAUAAAGAGUUUUAUACUGUUUUUGUCAGUGCUACAUGGUUUUUAAGAGUGUUUAAGAAGAAUAAUCAGCACGGAGACAAAAGGCAAAGGCAGAGCUGAGAUUAAAUUUCAGUACAAAAAAAUUCUUCAGCACUUUUCUCAUAUAUCAAUCUGACGUCUCAAUUAUCUUACUCCAGAGAUGCAUUGACCGCUGAAUGUCCCACAUUUGAAUACGAAAUAAAAGAAAUGAUGCCAGCA